UUCUUUAGCAGUUUCUUCCUCUCUUUCUCUCUCUAAAAUGCAAAUCCUCCUUUACCUUUCUCUCUCUAAACUUGUUGCAUAGUAAUCGAGUGAAAUCUAAAAUAGAAAAAAAGAAAAUCCAAGAGAUCAUUCUAGAAUCUGCUGAAUUAAAUCUCCAAGAUUGCAAUUGAUUUUUGUUACCAGCAUUUUAUUAAGAAUGGAGGUUUUGGUGGGUCCCACCUUCGCCAUCGACGUUUCGUCUUCUCCUCCGCCGCCGGUAACAGCUGCCACGGCGGACCAAGACAGGCUGGGGUCGGCUUUUCGGAUCUCUGCUCAGCCGAAAUUCUUCGCCGGCGACCUGUCGGAGAGCUCGUCGUCGUCGAUCGGAACCCCCGACGACGACAGUGGGGAUGAGGAAGAGAUUCAGAGCGGUUUGAAGCCUGGUUUGGGUUCUUUGGAUUCUCUGGAAGAUUCUCUUCCAAUCAAGAGAGGAUUAUCAAGCCAUUUUGAUGGGAAAUCAAAGUCUUUCACGGAUCUAUCACAAGUGAACAAUUUGAUGGAAUUGCAAAAGCAAGAAAGCCCUUUCAAUAAGAGAAGAAGGGUUUUGAUUGCUUCUAAAUGGAGAAAAUCUUCAUUCUACACAUGGUCAAAGUCAAACCCCACAUCCAUGCCUCUUUUGCCUGUGAAUGAGGAUCAUGAUGAUGAUGAUGUUGAUGAUGAUGAUGAUGAUGAUUUCCAAGAAAGAAAAGCUAGAAAAGUUCCCUCCACAUCAUCCUCAUCAUCCUCAUCCUCCUUAUCAGAGGAGAAGAAGCAUGAGGAUCAGGUGCAGGUGCGGCACACCAGAAUAGUACCUGAAUCUUAUGCAGCUCACAUGAGGCUUAGGCUAGGGAGCUUCAAGACUAAGAGUUUUUCUCUAGCAGAUCUACAAGAACAUGCUGAUGAGGAAGAUCAUGAUGAUUGAUUCAAAAUUGGGUUUUUAUUUAUUCUUUUCUUGUUCUUGUUAUUAAAUAAAAAUUAGGAGAAUUAGGUAAUUAGCUAUAAAUAUUAACUAGUGUGACUAUAGUAAGCAACCCAUAUUUUCCCAUAUAUAUAUAUAUAUAAGUUGAUCACUUUUUUGAGAAUGAAAUUUAUAUUUAGAUAUAUUAAUUUAUAAACAUAACCAGAAAAAAAAUCAAUCCUUUUUCUUUUGUUUGUUUGUUAAAA